AUGGAAGGGGAAAACCACACCAUUCUGGUGGAAUUUUUUCUGAAGGGACUUUCUGGUCACCCAAGACUUGAGUUACUCUUUUUUGUGCUCAUCUUCAUAAUGUAUGUGGUCAUCCUUCUGGGGAAUGGUACUCUCAUUUUAAUCAGCAUCUUGGACCCUCACCUUCACACCCCUAUGUACUUCUUUCUGGGGAACCUCUCCUUCUUGGACAUCUGCUACACCACCACCUCUAUUCCCUCCACGCUAGUGAGCUUCCUUUCAGAAAGAAAGACCAUUUCCCUUUCUGGCUGUGCAGUGCAGAUGUUCCUCGGCUUGGCCAUGGGGACAACAGAGUGUGUGCUUCUGGGCAUGAUGGCCUUUGACCGCUAUGUGGCUAUCUGCAACCCUCUGAGAUAUCCCAUCAUCAUGAGUAAGGAUGCCUAUGUACCCAUGGCAGCUGGGUCCUGGAUCAUAGGAGCUGUCAAUUCUGCAGUACAAACAGUGUUUGUGGUACAAUUGCCUUUCUGCAGGAAUAACAUCAUCAAUCAUUUCACCUGUGAAAUUCUGGCUGUCAUGAAACUGGCCUGUGCUGACAUCUCAGACAAUGAGUUCAUCAUGCUUGUGGCCACAACAUUGUUCAUAUUGACACCGUUGUUAUUAAUCAUUGUCUCUUACACGUUAAUCAUUGUGAGCAUCUUCAAAAUUAGCUCUUCCGAGGGGAGAAGCAAAGCUUCCUCUACCUGUUCAGCCCAUCUGACUGUGGUCAUAAUAUUCUAUGGGACCAUCCUCUUCAUGUACAUGAAGCCCAAGUCUAAAGAGACACUUAAUUCGGAUGACUUGGAUGCUACCGACAAAAUUAUAUCCAUGUUCUAUGGGGUGAUGACUCCCACGAUGAAUCCUUUAAUCUACAGUCUUAGAAACAAGGAUGUGAAAGAGGCAGUAAAACACCUACUGAACAGAAGUUUCUUUAGCAAGUGAAUGCAAAAUGUACUGGAGUGUGAACACACUUGAUAUUGUUGAAACUUCAGAAUUAUGUUAGAAUUUUGGAUACUUUUACUAUUUUUCUGCAUUUUCAUAUAUUAUGUUAAAAUAAUGAGAUACAGCAUUUCAAAAUUAUUGCAUGUCCACUCUAGAGAAUUUGCAAGAUACAGGGCAGUAGGAUGAAGAAGACAGAGGGGUUACCUAUUACUCUACUAGUGGGAAAUGGCCCCGUUUCAACAUUUUGAACAGUAACUUUCAUAUUAUGGGUUUUUUUUUUCUGCAUUGGAAUUGGGUGUGAUGUGCCUUUUUAUGUUCACUUUUUUCCAUAAUGUUACUUCAUAGGCAACAUUUCAUAGAAUCUUUCAAAAUAAAUAAAGCCCUCUGUUGUAGAAAAAGCAAAACAGAAAAACCCCAACAUAGUGUACUCACAUUUUCCAGGGACAAGCCUUGUGUUACAGUUUCACGUUAAUCUCCAGAUCCUGUUAAGCCAUUAAAUACUAGUUUCUUUUUCUGUAUUAAAUUUUUUGUGUGUGUGUGAAGUUGAGUAUCUGGGACUAUCAAAGGGCAGUAGAUAAAUAGAGUUUAAAAGCAGGGCCUAUGCAAUCAGUCAGGAUAUCCUGCUUUAUGGUCUUUCUUUGCUUUAGCUUACAUGUUGGCUUUAGCAUAAAGAACAUUUUGCAAAAUUAAAAAUAGGUUUGAAAAUCAGUCUACUGGUCCAGAUAAUAAUGUGGACUACUUUUGGGCUGAAUGGAGUGUCAUAUCAAUGCCCAUUUAGAAGAUGCCAGAUUUCUUUGCUGUCCCGAGGGAAUUCCAAUAUUUUUCCAAAUCUUAGAAGAAUGUCCAAGCUCUUAAUUUUUAGUAGGAAUACUAUUGAUGUCUUGUCUCUGUUACUAACCAGUUUGAUUUGAGGAAGAAGAGGAUUGGGGAAAGUCAGACACUACCUUGCUUUUCCUUGGUUUUUACGUCAACUUUUUACUCUAUUGAAGAACAUUUUAAAUUUACAGCCCAAGAUGAAUGAUGAAGUGUGUUCAGGAGUGAACCACAUUCUAGGUAAUCAGUUUGGCUGAAUCAAUUUUUAUUAAUGGACCAGUGAAUUUAGAUUAUAUUGGGCAUAAACAUAUUUUGCACAGGCAAAUAAGAAUUACCUGCUUGUGGAAUCUUUUGGGUUUAGUCACUCAUUUAAUCUUCCCAAGUUCACUUGUUAAUUUUAGUUGAAGGAAUAUUAAACAGUCACAAACUAUAUUUAAAUAUAUCCAUCAUAGCUGUUUACAGAUUAAAUCUGAUGGUAAGAGUUGAGAUCAUUGAUAAUUAAAUUUACAUCCUGACAAAAUAGGCUAUGAGAAUCUAUUAGUUCCCAUACACCAGUUCAUUGGACUUUUUGCACCCACUAAGAAUUCCAGGUAGGUAGAAAGCCCUGGAAGUCAGGCAUUUUAUGUUUGACCCACACGUAGGCUGUCUUGAAUGCUCAAAUGCUGAUUUUGUUUUCCUUCACAGCUUAAAUCCAGCCACUUUCAUAAAUUUUCUGGGGUGACUGUGGUAGCUCCAUAGUCUUAUAUCAGAUUUAUAAAUUUUUGAUGGAAAAUUAACUAAAGCAAGAAGAAAUUUAAAAACACACAUUUCUCCUCACAGGAGAAUAUUAGGACAGUUUUUCUCUCACAGGGUUGUAGAAUCAAGGUCUGAAGAAAAUAAAGGCAUGUUACCUGUCUUGAUAUAUUUAUGUGUUCAAAUUUGCUGGGCAAAAUACACAAUCAUUAUAAUACUGACAUAAUGCUUUAUUUUAAUAUUUGGGCCUCUAGAGGAGUUUUCGUUCAGAAAAUUUAUUUUAAAAGCUUAAGGAGGAUGAUUUUGUUGUUAGCAACCUGUAUUUUUCUAAUUUGGAGACAAAGUAAGAUAAACUUAUCUGAUAUACCAGGCAUGUAUCUGUGUGUGUGUGUGUGUGUGUGUGAGUGUGUGUGUGUGUUCAGUUUGUGUAUGUGUAGUGUGUGCAUGUUCCUGGUGAUUUUUCUACCAGAUAGCAAAAUCUACAAAGGUAAGUAUUUCUCUAUAUUCUUACCAUCUUUACUCCCAUUGCACUCAAUUUAGAGCAUGACAUUUAUAAUAUGAUUCAAUAUACAUUUAUAUCCAUGAAUAGGAAAAUUAUAUGGAAGGAGGUGCAACUGGAGCGAAGCACAUACUUUUAUAUCCUGCUGAAGUCCCAAGACAGGUUCAUGAUUUGGUUAAGAGCAGAGAUACAGCAAAAAAGGCAAAAUUACAUUGCUCUUAAUCCAAUAAAUUAUUUCAUCAUCUUCGUACACUUUUAUGCCUGCUCAAUUUCCAAGUAUUCUAAGCUUGAGAUUAUGUCAACUUUUUAGGGUCCUGGGGACUUCUAAAAUGAACACUUAAAAAUGUAGCAAUAUAUUGGCUAUCAGCUAAUUCACAUACAUCAUCUCUCUAAAAUCCUAUGAUCUGGGCUAUAGUGUCGCUAUCUCAUAGAUGAGGCCACAAAGCUUAUGGAAGUUAAUACAUCUUGUCCAAACCUCAAAGUAUGCAAGUUAAAGACAAGCAUACGCACCUGGCUAUUCUUUCUUGAGUUAGUUAUUCUUUAUACUACAGCAUGUUUACUUUUCCACAUUGCUUGUCAUGACAUCUAACACCAGUAUUUCUUGGCAGCAUAGCUAAAAUGACCAAAGAAACUAUUACCUGCUUCUCAACUUUCAUAGCAAGUAUAUUAAAUUUCCGGAAAAUAACUUAAAAAAGAAAAUUAAUUUAAUUAUUUAUAAAAGAACCUUGACACCAUCACAUGUUGUGUCCAAAAAUAUGCUUAAUCACAAUUGAUAGGAAUUAAAUCUUAAAUUAGGGGAAGACCUGACAUUAAUUGAGAUAUGAGAAGGGGAGGAAUUUGAUAUUAGCUCUAAUCUUCCAGAAAAGACUAUAAAAAAUAGAUUUUUUUUUGUUUUGGUAAAGAUAACACUCACUUUACAAAAACAGGGGCUCCUAAUUUAUGGUGUGUAAGUAAAAUUUAAUCUUUGAAAUUAUGAAAAUUUUUAAGCUGUUUUUGGAUGACAACUACCUUUAAUUUAUUUAUAUAUCUAAAAUUCCAAAGGAAAUAUGUGCUUAUUGUAAAAUAGUCAAAUACAAAGAAAUGUGCAAACUAGAGAAUUAUAGGUCAUGUUUUCAUAUUAAAAUAAAAUGGGGCCGGGCACGGUGGCUCAUGCCUGUAACCCCAGCACUUUGGGAAGCUGAGGUGGGCGGAUCACUUGAGGUCAGGUGUUCAAGACCAGCCUGGCCAACAUGGUGAAACCCUGUCUCUACCAAAAACACAAAAAUUAGCCAGGCGUGGUGGCACAUGCCUGUAGUCCCAGCUACUCAGAAGGCUGAGACAGGAGAAUCACUUGAAUCUGGGAGGUGGAGGCUCUAGUGAGCCGAGAUCGCCCCACUGCACUCCAGCCUGAAUGACAGAGGGAGACUCCGUCUCAGAAAAAUAAAUAAAUACAUACAUACAUACAUAAAAUAAAAUAGGAAAUAAAUAGUAAAAAUAGAAUGAAAAUGCUUAAUCACUAAAUAAUGAAGAA